AUGGUAAACCGCAAGCGCCAUCUCUCCGAGGACCCACACCUCGCUCCAGAAAUCGUCACCACUGAACCAGUGCUGGUCCCUCCGGCUUGCUACAACACCAAGUUGCAGCUCGACCUGUUCCAAGCCGUGGACUAUCUGGGCACUCGUUUCCGUGUCGGCGACCACGUAGCCAUGUAUUCCGACGAAGGCAAAGAGUGGGUCUGCGUCAUCGAGCAGCUGUUCGAGGAGCCGAAAAGCGGCAAGCCAAAAUUCAAAGGCCGAUGGUUUUGGUCCGUACAGGAUAUCAUCUUGCACAAGGACGACAUGGCGGAAGUCAUGAGGCCCUCCAAGUGCGAGAGCCAUGAGAUUCUGUGCUGCGACAAUCGCGACACCAAUCUUGUGGAGAGUAUCACCCGCAAGUGCCAGGUCUUGAGCAAUGAAAACUUUCAGCUCGUGAAAAAAGUCGUCACCAAGCUGGGGAGCCGAUGGUCGAAGGUCUACUUCUGUGAGCGACAGUAUUAUCACCGCGCUCAUCGUUUUAGUGAGCUCAAUGCCAUGCUCUUUCCAGGCGAUCCCAUUCCGAGGGAGCUUCGAGCUGCUGCUGGGUUGCCGGAGGUUGCCCCCACGAUGCUUGAAUAUCAGGAAAAUGUCGCAUAUGAAAACGGGUACAGCGAGCCUGAGCUACACCCACACGCAAAGCGAAAAGGCAUCACCGUUGAAUCCGAGAAAGAUGAGACUGUGAACGCCGACCCAUUUCUGAUCUGGUGA